AUGGAACUCAUCUUGGUUCUUUUUUCCAUAAUUUUCUUCUUAUUCUUCCUCCAUUGCAUAGAUGUAUAUGGUAAAAGGAGUAUGCCUCCUGGCCCUACCGGCCUUCCCAUCAUCGGAAACCUUCUAGAUAUUGGACAAAAACCUCAUGAGUCCCUAGCCAAGCUCUCCAAGAAACACGGUCCACUAAUGACAAUCAAAUUGGGGAGUGUCACUAGUGUGGUGGCGUCAACACCUGACGCCGCCAGAGAUAUUCUCCAACGCAAUGAUGACGUUUGUUCUGGGCGUAUUAUCCCAGACGCUGUCACAUCGUUGGAGAACUAUGACACAUCUGUCCUAUGGAUUCCACCUAACCACGAGUGGCGAACCAUUAGAAAAGCAGUCAACACCUUCCUCACCCAUUCACACAAACUUGACACCCUUCGUGACCUUCGAGAGAACGUUGUGGAAGGGAUGUUGGAUUUCCUUAAGGAGUCAUCACUCAAAAAUGAGGUUGUGAAUAUUGGAAAGUUGGCAUUCGGAGUAGCACUUAACCAAAUGUCCAAUACAUGCCUUUCACAAAAUGUGACUAAUUACGAGUCCGAUGAUAUUGGAGGGUUUAAGAGAGCCGUGAAGACAUUGAUGGAGGUCGAUGGGAAAUUUAACAUCGCAGACAUAUUCCCCGUCUUGAAGCCAUUAGACCCACAAAAUUUACGAAAACAGGCCAAGGCCGCUUAUGGUUGGUUCGAUGACGUGAUAGAAGGUUUCAUAAGUGAAAGGCUAAAGCAUCGAAACUCCAAGUUGCCAAGGUUUGGUGAUAUGUUGGAUUCCAUGUUAGAUUUUAGUGAAGAUAAUGCAGCCGAUUUCAGUAUUAUACACAUCAAAACUUUGCUAGUGGAUUUAUUUAUAGCUGGAACUGAAACAAGCUCAAAUACAACAGAAUGGGCAAUGACAGAACUUUUACUUAAUCCUACUAUGUUCUCAAGGGUGCGUGAAGAAGUUUCUUCAAUAGUUGGUGAAGAUGGGAAAAUCAAGGAAGCCAAGAUCCUCGAGUUGCCAUAUUUACAUGCUGUCGUUAAAGAAACCAUGAGACUUCAUUUAUCCGUGCCUCUCUUAGCACCACAUAAAACUGAGAAGGAAGUUAAACUUGGUGAAUACCUAGUCCCGAAAAACACACAAAUCUUGGUGAAUGUAUGGGCAAUAGCGCGCGAUCAAAGGUAUUGGGAAAAACCAUUGCAAUUUAUGCCCGAAAGGUUUUUGGGUAAAGAGGUUGAUUACAAGGGUCAAUACUUUCAGUUCCUACCAUUUGGAUCGGGUCGAAGGAUGUGCCCAGGAAUACCCUUGGCUCACCGGGUGGUGAGCUUAAUGGUCGCGUCGUAUGUAUACCAUUUUGAUUGGAAACUUACUCAUGCUAGAGAAGAAAUGGACAUGAAUGAUAUAUUUGGUCUAACAUUGUUAAGGGCGACCCCGCUUGUUGCUACUCCAACGCUUGUUAAUUAG